AUGCUAAUUACGACAUCUGAUAAUAGUAAUCUCCAACUUCGAAGGAGUAAGACUGGUGAAAUAGACAGGAAGAAUCUGUUUUUACUCAGUCGUAUUCUAUCAAUCACUGGCUAUUUAUCAGCUCGACCUGUUUCCCUAUCCCUGACCUACACGCUCCAGCAUAACUGUCACAGGGCGGAAGAACAAAUUGGUACCAAUAAAAGUGCAGAGAUAAUAUGUGGCUACAUUGAUAAGGAAUCUGGUUAUUGGUCAGACAAAGGGUGUUUUUUACUCCACACGAAUGCCUCAGCUAGCACCUGUCAUUGUAAUCAUACAACUAACUUCGCCAUCCUCAUGCAGGUUCGAGACGUAAAGAUAACAGCCAUAGACCAGACUGUCCUCAGUAUCAUUACAUACAUUGGCUGUAGUGUGUCCCUCCUCACACAGCUGAUCACAGUUACCGUCUUCGUCUGUGUCGGGACUCUGAAUUCGGAACGUGUUUAUGUUCACCGAAAUUUAUGUUUUGCAAUCAUCGCCUCUCAAGUUGCGUUUCUGUCAGGGAUCAGAGCCGUUGAAAAUAAGGUGUUGUGUUCAAUUGUCGCUAUGAUCCUUCAUUACUUCUACACCGCCAUGUUUGUUUGGAUGCUGGUUGAAGGCAUGCAUCUAUACAGCAAGGUCGUCAGAGUGUUCUCGACGGAGAGGUCAAGGGUCAUAUACUACUGUGGUUUUGGAUGGGGUGUCCCCCUCGUACUAGUGACUAUUUCUGCUACUGCGGAUUGGGAAGGCUACGGAAACGGUAAGAGCUGUUGGCUCUCUACCAAGACAGGGACCAUAUGGGCAUUCGUUGGGCCCGCGAUAGCAAUCAUAUUGGUUAAUAUAGUGAUCCUAGCCAUGGUAGUUAAAGUUGUGAUGAGUUCUGCAAAGCUGGAAAGAAAUGGGGAAUUUGAUCAUAUCAGAGUCGGCGUUAAGGGAGCUAUGUUCCUUUUACCUCUACUUGGGCUUACCUGGUUAUUCGGUUUGUUGGCAGUCAAUGAAGACAUGAUAGUGUUCCAGUAUCUGUUUGCUAUAUUCAACUCACUGCAGGGGUUUUUCAUUUUCCUUUUCCAUUGUGCGUUCAACUUAGAGGUUCGACAAGCCCUUUCAAAGAUGAGAGAAAGAAGAAUCCUUCAAAGGGGAGACUUCGUUUCCCUGUCAAACGGCAACUCUGACGGCUUCCAGAAAACUCGACAUCGUCAUCAGUCCAAGCCUCAGAGAACAUAUCGAAAGAAAAGGGUAUCUUCAGUGACGUCAGACCAAACGACGUCAUGGUCUCCUAAACAUUCAAGCGUGUCAAGCAGGAGUAGCACACAAAGUACAGAAGUUCGAGAAACGGAUGAUGUGGUUGUUCAGGACCUGACAUUGCCAGAAGAAAAUUUCGCAUUGCAAUACAUCUAG